GGCGCUUUCCUAAUUUCCGAUAUAAGGUUUCUUGAAGUUUCACAUCCCCGAUAUCGAUCCAUAUUGUCCCGGUUUGCGCUCAGUAUAGGACUUUGCUUAUUCGACCAUAUAUCCUGUGAGCUUUGUCCAGAGCUCCCAGUACUUGAACAUGGAAAAGUUUUCUUCUUUGGCUCGUUUCAAGAGUUCCUGCCCGUUUUUGGGCGGGACAAAGACUUCAACCCUUCGUGCCCUUAGCAGCGCCAUUUCUCCUAGAUUCCCCUCGAUCUCUCAGCUCACUGAGCGAGCCGUGAAUUGCCCCAUCAUGGGUCCGGCCCUAGUAAUGCGCUCUACUCAGAUGGUUGCUGGUUACGCCAGUAUCGCGGGUCAGGCCGACGUCCAGAAAAUUCACCACAGCAAAGGCAUCUUCCCCGGCACCAGUGUUUCCGACGCGGACAUUUCAAAAUGCCCCCAUGCUUCCGCUGCUCGGGCUGCUGCUCGGAUGGCGGAUGACCUUGCUGCCGCAUCUACUGCGAAGGCACCCGAAACCAAAAAGGAAGUCCCGAGCAUGGCCCAGAAGGCCGCUGCUGCGGGAUGCCCUUUCUAUAAGGCUGCUGCUGCUGCAAAGGAACAACCCGUCAAAUUGCCUGCCAUGACAGAAGCUCAGACUACUCCUGCCAUUUCAGAUGCGUAUAACUACGACAAGUUUUAUGCGGCCGAGCUCGAGAAGAAGCACAAGGAUCAGUCCUACCGCUACUUCAACAAUAUCAACCGGCUUGCAACCAAAUUUCCAAUUGCGCACACUGCGAGUGUCAAGGAAGAAGUCCAAGUAUGGUGUGCCAACGACUAUUUGGGAAUGGGAAAUAAUCCUGUCGUACUUGAAACCAUGCAUCGGGCGUUGGACAAAUACGGUGCAGGUGCUGGAGGCACUAGAAAUAUCGCUGGAAAUAGUGCUAUGCAUCUCAGUCUCGAACGUGAGCUUGCUACCCUUCAUCGCAAGGAGUCCGCGCUCGUAUUUUCGUCUUGCUAUGUCGCCAACGACGCAACUUUGUCGACCCUCGGUUCCAAACUUCCCGGUUGCGUUUACUUCUCGGAUGCUUCCAACCACGCAUCCAUGAUACAGGGCAUUCGGCACUCCGGUGCGAAGAAGGAGAUCUUUAAACACAACGACCUGAACGACCUCGAGGCCAAACUGCAGAAGUAUCCGAAGGACACCCCUAAAAUUAUCGCAUUUGAGAGUGUUUACUCUAUGUGCGGUAGCAUCGGGCCUAUCAAGGAGAUCUGUGAUCUGGCUAAGAAGUACGGUGCAUUAACUUUCCUUGAUGAAGUACACGCUGUCGGACUUUACGGGCCCCGUGGUGCGGGCGUUGCCGAGCAUCUCGACUGGGAAUCCCACCAGAUGGCCGGUCAAAGUUCCGAGCCAAUCAAGGACAGCGUGAUGGAUCGUAUUGACAUGAUUACUGCAGGUACACUCGGCAAGGCAUAUGGCACUGUUGGCGGAUACGUCGCGGGGUCUGGUGAUUUCAUCGAUAUGAUUCGUUCAUACGCACCUGGCUUCAUUUUCACUACUUCACUGCCUCCCGCUACAGUCGCCGGUGCUCGAGCUUCCGUCAUUUACCAGAAGCACCAUGUUGGUGAUCGAGCAUUGAAGCAGGUUAAUGUUCGCACUGUCAAGGAACGUUUCAGUGCUCUAGACAUACCCGUCGUCCCCGGUCCUUCUCACAUCGUCCCGGUCUUGGUUGGUGAUGCUGGUCUCGCAAAGGCAGCCAGCGACAAACUUCUUCACGAACACGGCAUCUACGUUCAGGCAAUCAAUUUCCCCACCGUUGCUGUGGGCGAGGAGCGUCUUCGGGUCACUGUCACUCCUCGCCACACUGCAGAGCAAAUUGAUGGCUUGAUUAGUGCAAUGGACUCGGUGUUCACAGAGCUCAACAUCAACCGGAUCAGCGAAUGGGCAAAGUUGGGUGGACGUGCCAAUGUUGGUACAAGCAAGGAAAACGUCGAACCCAUCUGGAGUAACGCUCAGAUCAACACCGCUGGACAACCACAGACGUUGCAUGAUGGAGACACAGCGUUGGUUAACGUUAAUGCAGUUCAGGUGGUUCGGGAGAGCUUUGAGGACCUUUUGGGAGCUGUUGAGUUGAGUGAGACGGAGUUGAAGGUGGAAGCUGCGCUGAUGACCGGAGCUGUCGAGCACAUUGCUGGGGCAUUGCCGAAGAAAGUGAAAGCACCACGGGCUCCCGUCAAUCCAAUUGGCAUGUCCGUUGCGCCUACUAUCGCGGUUUCGGCUUAA